AUGACCCAGAACAAGACACUCAUCUUCAAGAAGAUACCCACCGGCCUUCCUGUGGCUGGGGAGCAUCUGGUCAUCGAGGAUCGUCCAAUCGACCUCGACGAUGCUCCCGAGGGGGGCCUUGUCGUCGAGAUCCUGUAUGCAUCCUUCGAUCCCUACCUGCGCGGCAAGAUGCGGGAUCCCAGCAAGAAGUCAUACUCCCCGCCGUUCGACAUCGACGGCCCCAUCACCAACGACACCAUCGGCAAAGUUCUGAAGAGCGAAAAUCCCGAUUUCCCGGAGGGCAGUCUCGUCGUCGCCCAUACCCCCAUCGCCGAGUACGCCCGCGUGUCUCCGGCCGUUUUGCAGCGGGGGCGCAAGAUCCACAACCCGCACAACCUGGACCUUGGCCUCUUUCUUGGCCCGCUGGGCAUGCCUGGUCUAACGGCCUGGUCCGGCCUGCAUAGGAUUGGACAGCCCAAGAGCGGCGAGACGAUCUUCGUCAGCUCCGCCGCGGGCGCAGUCGGCCAAGUCGUUGGACAAAUUGCCAAGCGGGAAGGGCUCACAGCCAUUGGCUCCGUGGGGUCUGAUGAAAAGCUUGACUUCAUUACCAAGGAGCUGGGAUUCGAUGCCGGAUUCAAUUACAAGAAAGAAAAGCCUCAGGAUGCGCUAGCGCGUUUGGCCCCUCAUGGUAUCGACAUCUACUUCGAGAAUGUGGGCGGUGACCACCUUGAAGCUGCUCUGACGAGCAUGAAGGUUGGUGGAAGAAUCGCAGUAUGCGGUAUGAUUGGAGACUACAAUACCCCAGCGGAGGAGCAGACGGGUAUCAAGGGAUUGAUGCAGCUCGUUAGCAAGCAAAUCACCAUGCAGGGCUUCCUUGUGGGUAACCCGAACUUUGGUCCUGCUCACUUCAAGGACCACCAGGAGAGCUUGCAAAAUUGGCUCUCGGACGGAAGCGUGAAGGCGAAGCUGUCAGUGACCGAGGGGAUCGACAAUGCGGCUGAAGGAUUGAUCGGCAUGUUGGUAGGAAAGAAUUUCGGCAAGGCUGUGCUGAAGGUCAAAUGA